AAUAAAGUCUCAUGAAUCGUACUGUCCAAUUUAACUCUUGAUACAUAAAAUCUCAUGAGUCGUGUUGCGCAACUUAACUCUUGAUACAUAUUUGUAUUAUGUUCAUUGCAUAAUAAAUUUAAGAUACUGUGCGCAUCACACUUUACACAGUGAUCUACUUGACUCAAAAUUAAAGUGUCUGUCCAAUCAACUAUUCCAAACUGGUAAGCAAAGUGCAGCAAUCCGUACACAAUUAAUUCUUCAUGUUAAUCUUAGAUACUUGCGUUAAUUAAUUUCAGAUAUACAUAAAAAUCUCUAAAUAAAACAAAGUGGAAAUUUAUUUUUAAAACAAUGGAACAUACAAAUUGUUUCGACGAAAGCCAUGUGCAAACGCAGGCAACAGGGCCUCGAGGUGUAAAUUUUCCACAAAAUAAUUUACUCUAUUCUCAAUCUCACCUUCAUCUACCUACCCCAGAGGAAUUGUCCGAGCAUGACACUAAACUUGCCUUGAAAACAGCCAAGGAAAUUGCACGCAUUCAUGAGUCAACGCAGGAUGAAUAUAACCAGGCUGCCCAACGUGUUUUUAAAGGGAGGAAUUUAGCAAAUAGAAAAUGGAUGGAAAUCGAUUAUUCAGCGAAAAAGGAGCGAUCCGUAAAUUUUAUCGACACCGAAAUAGCCAUUCUUGAAGCUGAAGAAGAUGCAGAUUUCGCCAUCGAGGCUGCUGAGCAUGAUUUAACUCUUUACAAUUCUGAGGCUGACGAGAAAAUGCAACUGCAGCGUUGUAAAGCAGAUCUGGAAAAAGUUGACCUUGAACAGGAUACCACCCAACAAAUUGCACUUAUCAAGGAACAAAUCACCCAACAAAACUCCAAAAUAUGCAAGAAAAUUGAGGAUGCUAAAAUAAAAGCGAGUGAAGAAGUGCAACUGUUUCGCACACUUGCAGAAAACGAGUCACAUCAGAAUGAUUUAGAUACAGAAGAACAGAUUAGACAAAUUAAAGAAGAAACUGCUCGGGCACUUGCUGCCUUGACACCGAUGAAAGUUGAACCUAAACCUAAACAACAGGCGAAAGUACGCAAUAGUGGGAAAGGCAUCAUGGGUUUGAGUUUUCCCAAAUUUCCGAACCCUUUAAAAUUUUUGUUACCAAAAUCCCGAUCACUCCCAAAUAUCGGACAAGAAAUUCGUACAGAAAGUCGGGGCACUUCCAGGGUCAAUGCCAGAUAUAAUUGAGACGGACAAUAUCCGGAUGAAUACCAGACGAAUAACUGAACACUAUAAUUUUUAAAUAAACUGUUAACUUAUGAUAUUUAAAUAUCAUGAGCACCAAUACCGCAAUUCUGUAAUUAUAUUACGUAAGUUGUCACGUUCCAAAUAAGAGUAUAUUUUUGAUCCCUCGAAAUUAGGAUUAGAAAUAAAUGACGCCACAAAAAGACAA